AUGUCUGGAAAGUGGUGUGCUUACUUUAAUGAAACUGACCCUAAAGAAUAUCGUUUUCUGGGCUUUUAUGAAUACCGCGCGAAGCAAGCGGACUUUACUUUCUCUUUUCAGAAGGAAUCCUACAAACUACAAAUGGAUCUUGAUAAUCUCAUGAAGGAUGGUCCGGAAGAAUCGAAGAAAACUGCCAGUCAACUGAAAACCAUUUUUAUGGAAAAAAAUGAACCCUCCACAACUACGGUGGACAAUGGAAUGCUGUCUACCUUAUGGUCGGAAUGUCCGUUGUACUUGCUUUUCGGCCACCGUAAUAAUUUUCGUGAUGUCAACGCUUUUUGGAAUAAAAUUGAACUAAAUGGACGGUUACAGGAUCAGUUACAGACCGCAGCGUUUGAAGCUACUAAUUCAUUUAUAAGUAUCUCCAAAAAAACCUUUGCAACAACAAUGGGGAAUGUUCGUUCUGCUAUUGAGAAUGUUAAUGAUACAUUGUCAAUAACAGGAGCAGGAGAUACAAAAAAACGACCAACUGAAGAACGCUUUCCUGUUAUUACACCUCCCAACCUUCACGAUCAUAUUUCUUUAAAUGGUUACAAUGAAGAAUCAGCCGAAGUUGCAGAUACAUCAACUGAGGCUUCUUUAAAGACAAGUGAUCAAACCAAGUCCGAUUUAGAGAUAACAAAAAGUCAAGAUAACGAUGACAAAGAAGAGGAUAUUGAUCCUUCUUUAGAUGCUCAGGAACAGUCUCCUAAAAGACGCAAAACGGCAAACGGGUUAUUUCACGUAAUAUCUGAUGAUACGACAGUUGAAUUUAAUCUACCUGAAGACAUAAAAGAAUAUGUCAAAGAACUUCUUACAGGUGAUGUUGAGAAUGCGUUCUUUAAAGUAGAAAAGCCGCUCAAUUAUGACGCGUGCCCAUUGUUAUUAUGGACCAGAGAAGUUUGCAGACAUUUUCUCCUUUAUUACCGUUAUGGUGGCUUGCAACAGGAAGGUGGUGAGAAAACCUGGUCGACACAAACCGUAUAUCGUAUUCUGGAUCUAUUUUUAAUUUUUUUUGGGAAUACGAUUUCCGGAAUUGCGUUUGGCGAGAUUCUGAAUGAAGCUCAUAAUGACAGAGCUUACAACAUCAAUUAUACCCAAAAACCGGCAAAGUCUGGACAUGCAAACAAAAAUGAUGCCGUGCUAUACCAAGAUAAGGAUGCAACAGUUCUAUAUGAACAAUCAUAUGGACCUACAGAAUUUGUGCUAUCACACAAACUAGAUGAUUUUGUAAAACUAGCACGUAAUGGAGUUGAUGACUUGAAUUAUCAUUUUACGAAUAAUGAGAAUUGUACAGUUACCACGGCAAAGAAAUUGAAAUCUGUCGGAAUUCACGGAUACAAAUAUCUAAUCUCAGUAUAUCUUACGGACAUGAUUCGUAUAAAAACUUACAGGAUAUAUGAAAUAUUUUCCUUUAAAAUUCCUACCUCGUACUCUGAAAGAUGGGAGUUAUUAAAUAUUGUUAGAUUUGGAGUUCUUUUAGAGAAAUUACUAACCGAAAGACGUAAUAUAAAAACGGAAAUAUCAAUGGAAAAUGCAUUAAAAACUGAUGUUACCCGUUGUGUCCGUGAUUGGAUAAAAAUACCGGAUAACACUCCUCCUAGGAUUCAAACGCAGACAAAAAUACUGGACAAUACUCCACCCACCCUUGGCUUCGUAGGAA